AUGGAGAAGCAUCUUGACAUCAAGGAGGUGCAGGAGUAUGCCUGCUUGGCGCUUGGGAACCUGGCGGGAAAAAACGACGCGAACAAAGAGAAGAUCAGGAAGGCAGGGGGCAUCGAGGCGAUCUUGGCGGCUAUGGAGAAGCAUCCGGGGAGCGAGGACGUACAGAAGUAUGCCUGCUAUGUGCUGGGGAACCUGUCUGCCAACGGCAAGCAGGUGGUUGGCGACCGAGAAGAAACCUGGGGACAUGUUCAGCUUGCGUGUAGGCAAUUCCAAGAUAUGAUCCAAAAAGCACACAACGAAGUCAUGAAGAAGAUCAAGGUAAGACUGCAGCAGAGCUGGAGGAAACAAAGGGUACAGGUCAAUUCAUGGUGGGACACUCCAAUACGCAUCGUGAUGGAAGCGAUGGGGACUUCAAUGCACCGAGAAGGGCAAUGGAUACCAGACGGUUGCUGCUACUUUGCAAGCAUCAAACGCAUUGUCCUCAUCGAAUUUGCAAGGACAUCGGAAUAUGACGGAGUCGAACAAACAAGUCUGGAAUGCCUGAAGAAGAAAUUUCAGGAAAAGGAAGAGAAAUAUGCCCCCCUACGAGCAGAAAUCACAGCUUUGCUACCUGACCAUGAAGUGGAACAAGCAACAUUCAUAGCUGGAGUGAAAGGAUCGAUCAUGGAGAGGGAAUGGCAUGAGAAUUUCAGGAGGCUAAGGGUGGAUGACACGGAAUGGGAAGGCAUCAAGACAGCAGCAAUCAAGCAACUGCUGGCGGUACAACAUACGCUAUGGACGGCAAGAAGGGUAAGAGAGUCGAUGUAG